GUGACUGAAUAUUCUGAGGUUGGGAUCUCCAGAACCAGAGAGCAACAGUCUCCGAAAUCUACACACGCUGCAAUGGAGGACGUACAGUUGAAUUUAAGUGAAUCUCCGGAAUUUGAGAUGUCAAGCACCACCGAGCAUUCCUCUCUAGGACCUACGAAGUCAGAAGUGAAGAAAUUGGAUUCAAACCAUUCUUUUCCCAUGGACAAAAAAAACCUGCACAAUAUGGGUUUGGUUAACUACACUGAUUCUGAUGAAUCCCAGGAGCUAUCCAUAAAUCUUUACCAAAGUACUAUCCCAAAGCUCAGGAGAACUAAAUGUAUGCAGGUCAACAGCACACUUAGCCGUUAUCAGGUGGGAAAUGAAAUUGACGGUAAUGGAGAGCUUCUUUACUCCACCUCAGAGGACAGUGGAGAUGAAUAUAUUCCAGGCACAAGUGAGGAAUCAGAUGAGAGUGAAGGUUUGCAAUGUGUCGACUCUCUCGUUAAGAAGGAUAUCAUCAAAGAUUUGUUUCACCUUACAAAUACCUCAAAAGCCUCCUCGAUGCCAUCUGUUAUGCACGUUGAUGGACCAUCUCCUCAGCAUAUACCCAAACGUCAGUCCACCAAACGGAAACAAAAGUCACCCAAAAAAGGAAAAGGUCGACAACCGGUUAAAAAGAAGCCAUGGAAGAAAGAGGUCUUGGCUGUUGAGAAGCAUAUGAUGUCAUUCAUCACUACCUGCCGUGUUCCACGGAAGAGCGACUGCGAUGACUGCCUUAAAAAGGAACAAGUAGCACUCAAAAACAGGCAUUGGUCAGCAGUAAAAUUUUACAUUAAAAACAAGAUCACAGAUCUCAAAAGGAGAGUUUAGGGGGAUGUAGGGGUUAUAUAUGGUGACCCUUUUUAUAUUGCUAUUUGUGCUUUGUGACCAUCUCUACAGACCUCCGUGAAGUUGCCCCAUCAGAUGAAAAUUUAUAUAAAAAUGAUGGCAAUAGUUUGUGCGUUUUUUUUUUUUUUUGUGUCCUGCUAUUGUUGCAAUAUUUCUCUUAUAGGUUUGAGGUCAAUCAACCUCCCAUUUUGAUUUAAAAAAUGGUGUCAAUUGUUUGUGCUGUAAAAAAUUGUCGUUUGUGCUGCGAUCGUUUUAUAGAUAUUGAGAUAUUAAUUUCGAGUGAAGACGUCAUAACUCCCAUGGCUGACGGAGCUUAUCAACUCUCAAUAACAGAGGGCUGUCCAAACAACUAGCACGAACGUAUCAGGAACGAAUGGCACUUCUGGUCCAUUUUGCGGUUAAUGAGGAGCUGAGGGUGACGUCAUCACUCGUAAUUCAAAUCUCAAGCCCCCCCAUUCACUACAAAAUGGACCCGAAUUCGUUUCUGCUCGUUAUUGACACCCUCGUUAUUGAGACUUGAUACGCUCCGUGAGCCAUGGGAGUUAUGACAUCCUCACUGGAAAUUAAUAUCUAAAUAUAUAUAAAAUGAUACCAGCAUAAACAACAUUUUUUACAGCACAAAUGAUUGACAUUUUCAUAUAAAUUUGCGACUGAUGGGGUGGAGGGACUUCACGGAGGUCUGUACAGAUGGUCACAAAGCACAUAUAGCAAUACACGAAGUGUCGUCCUUUUUUUUUUUUUUAACUUCUGUGUCAUCCUUUUGAAGUUGUGCUGUGGCAAUUGGGGUUCUUGCUUUUGCCAGUUUGCAAUCGCGCUUUAGAAAUUGGGGAUCGUGUUGUGGCAGGUUGCAUUCGUGCUUUUCUUUUGCAAAGUGUUUGGUCUUUUGCAUUUUGCCUCACACCUCUCGGCCAUGGUAGAUAUACACAAACUUAACUAUCAAUGGCAUAACUGUUUGCACUUGUUUCGUCUGUUUUGAAGCGAUACAGCAGUUAAGAGAGAAUAAAGACGAUGACUUACCUUGUGCAUGUUGCACUUCACUGUUACUGGCUAAAACUUUUCGAACUAUAACCCCCCCCUUCGACUUGCGGUUUACGGUCAAGUGUUGCCUAUCUAUGGAUUUUUAGAACCUAAAGUGCACUCCUGCGGCUAAAAGUCGAGUGCAGCCUAUGUAAACAACCAAUUAUUUGUAAAUAUUGCUGAUUGUUUGAACCCCAAACUUUUGAACCGUAGUGUACAGUCUGAAAUUCCAGUAAAUUUUUAUCCAACAUAAGGUAGAAUUUAAACUGUAAAUGUAUCGUAAUUAAUGCAGUGAUAUACAAUGAUCCCUCGUUUUUCGUGGUUAAAGGGGAUCCCCCCAUUAUAAUCGAAAUCGGCGAAGUAGAUGUGUAGCUUAUUUACAUUAAAAAAAAAAAAAAAAUCUUUUUUGUGUGUGUUCAAUGCUUUUACUCAGAUUUAGCAUUGGAAAGAGUAUAGUUUACUAUAACAGUAUAAUUCUUUAAAUUCUUCAUUGACUGAGUCCUCUCAAAUCAACUUGCUGUUUAGCAAGCAAAUAUCAGCGAUGGACUGAGGGCGCAAUGUAGCGAGGGAUCACUGUAGUUCUUAUAUGGCUAUGCAGUGAUUUAUUUGAGCAAUGCUAGAACAACCUGUGCAAAGUUACUACAGAAAUUGAAUAUCAGAAGUCCAAGACAAAGAAUAACUUAAUGCCAAGAGGAAAAAAAAAAGUUUUAAGGCACAUUCCAUUAAAAUAUUAUGUGUCAGUUUUGACACAUCAAUGGUCACUGAAGAAAAUGCACAUAUAAAAAAAACUUAAUACUACCUGGUCAAUUAGUAGUUUUACGGCAUGUUCUUCGGGUGACAUAGAGUGGUUCCACAAAGUCACAAUGAUCUGACAUUUGUGAGGGUGGUGUGCAUUAUUACCGUCCCCAGAAGUAGGCAUGAUCUGACGUUUUUCUAACUGGUACCCAGAAAGGGAGAAAAACAGAUGGUGUGCAUAGUUACUGACCCCAGAAGAAGGUAUGAUCUGACGUUUGUGUAAGCGGUACCAAGAAGAGAGGAAAAAGCGGUCAGUGUGUAAAGUUACUGACCCCAGAAGUAAGUAUGAUCUGAGGUUUGUGUAAGCGGUACCCAGGAAGGGAUAAAAAACAGGUAUUGUGUAUCGUUAUUGACCCCAUAAGUGACGAAAACGAAAAAAUGUCCCCAUAAGUCGGUCUGUAGUCAGGUCGAUGCCUCUAUACUUUGUCUAAAUGGAAAUUUAAAGUGAUUUUUGCAUUGUACAAUUUUCGAGGAUGCUCCCUGAUUUUUUUCAGCUCUCUACGACAUUCAGAAAGGGUGGUCCCCAUAAUGCACGGUCUUGUCAGGUGUCCCUACAA